AUGCCUCACUCUUUCGUGAUCGCAAAAUUUCUUCCCCACCGUUCGGCUACUUGGACAUCUCACUAUGGCCUUGAAAAGGCCGCGUCCUUGAAUUCCCUCCCUUUCCUAGCAUUGCGUGUUUCGCGAACCGACGUUGGGGUGCAGGACUUGGGCCGUCAAGGACAUUUUCUGUUUGUUAUCUCCCCCGAGAAGCCAACAGGAGUGAACGAUGGGUGCUACUUCACCCUAGGAUCAUCGCUGAUCGUAGAAAGGAAGAUGCUGCACGUUGAACCUCCCUUGCGCCCGGGUGGACGUACUUUCUACAUUCAUACUUUUCCGAGGCUUCUUGAGGAUGCGCAAUUCGAAUUCUCCCCAGCGACUGUGCCUCACCUCCCGCAUCGACUCGAAGAGUUUAGUUUUCUCGCUUUCUGCGGUUCGGUCAUGGCCGUUUUCGAGAAAUUCGUAAAACGCGCGAAUGAUGCGCGCUCAUCCGGUGGAAGCGAGCUCGUGGAGGACGGGUGGGAUUCGUGGAGUGGCGAAUCACCCUAUGAGUAUCGGCGUGACCCAGGGGGUUAUGUUUUUGAAUAUUUGGAACCACAGAGUUUCCAAAUGUCAGCCGCUGCUGUUGGAGCGACAUCCAUAUAUCAAGAUUUACUACUGUCCAAUUUGCUGCAGGCUACUCAUGAAAGGGUGUCACCGCUGCCGUGA